CUCUCUUUCCUUUUACUCUUUUUUUUUUCUAUCUCUUUUUUCCUUUCGUACGGUCAAGGCUUCUUUUUUUAAAAGAAAGUCCAUAAACGGCUGAACACUUUUUUUUUACGCAAGGACCACUUCGCGGGAAUUUAGAUUGAGCUGCCGAUUGCUUGAUCCAAACCGCAACUCCGCCCUGGUUGGCCUUUUCUCUAUUCUUCCGUUCCCAACCUUAGAACAACUCCUUUUUACAGACGCUUCCCACUUCAUUUUUACUCUUGUUCAUUAUAUCAGCCAUGAAUAUAUCAAUAGAAUAUCCUAUGUAUCGGCAAGAAAAGCAGGACUGUUUGACCUUGCCUGCUAAUCUUCCGUCACCGCCCAACUCAUCUUGUGGGGAUGAAAGCAAGGAGAUGGAAGUCGAUUCCCCAUCAGACAAGAGACCUAGCCAAACUUUAUCUGAUAUCUCCUUGGCACCGAAUAAGGAAUCCUUGCCAACCCAUUUUGAUGCCCUCAGCGUCGAAUACUGUUCCUCGCUGCCGGAAAACUACACCAUCGAUCAUUCGUCACCAGCUUCCAAUUACAUACCCCGCCGCCCAACCCAGUCGCCACAACUCGAUACCGCACCGUCCCCUCAUUCAUCAGCUGAGAUCCCCGCUGAUACCCACUCCUUUGUUCCCUCUUCUUCCUUGGUGGAUUCACAGAGUUCUGAUCGACCAUCCUCUGCUAUCCGUUACAAGUUUUCCCCCGCCAAAUUUGACCAAAUUCAUCGCUGUCAACAGUGCGGCAAAAUAUAUAAGCACCGGAAUUGCUUGGCCAAGCACCUCUGGGAACACUCCGAAGGUUGGGAACUUACAAGUAAGCUGAUGUUAACCAAACACCAGCAGGUCCAAAUGCUGGAAGCGGCUGCCAUCCUUAUGAGUAUGGAUCAUUCUCACCGUCCACCAACGGAUGUGUCCACCUCAAACAUGCUCAUCGAUACCAAGGAUGAGAUGACCGACGGUCGGUUUAUCGACAGCGAUGACGACGAAACCAUAUCCAUUGUUUCAGUUGCCUCCCAUGAUUUAUCUGUUUCCGAUGAACUCCCCAUUCUAUAACUCACAUCAUAUACAUUCCACAAUGCUUUUCACUUCUGAUCUAUUGUAUAAUACCUUUAUUCUUUUUUUUUUCUAGUUUCCAUUGGUGGCUUUUUUGUUUGUCUUCCUUUUCCAUUUAAAUAUGUUCUUUUUGAUAUCUUUGAUUGCAUCUUUUUUGAUCAGAAAAAGCCGGAAUAAAACCUUUCAUUUAAAUCGAA